AUGGGCGACAUACAUAAAGCUGGCACAGACGAUGGGUGGCAUGCAGUCAUCGAGAAAGGGGGGAAAUUUGAGCCAGAGAAGGAUCGAUAUCAUUUAUAUAUCGGUCUCUUCUGUCCCUUCGCUCAUCGCGUAAACCUUGUGCGUCACCUCAAGGGACUUACAUCGAUUCUCCCCAUCAGCACAGUCCUGCCGUACCCUAAGCCCUGGCAAUUUCCCACCGACGACACAUCCUACCCUAAUGCCACCGUUGACGCUCUCUUUCACUCAACUCAUCUCUCAGCGGUCUACUUCCAGGCCGAUCCUGCGUAUACAGGUCGAUAUUCAGUUCCUCUGAUCUGGGACAUCAAGCUGAAUACUGCCGUGUCGAACGAGUCUGCAGAGAUUCUGCGCUGGCUGCCAAAUGCAUUCAAUGGCUUGCUUGAACCAGAGAAGGCUGGCCUCGACUUCUACCCAGAGAAGCACAAGGGUACCAUCGAUGUUCUAACGCCAUUUAUACAGAGCUAUAUUAAUGCAGGCGUAUACAAGGCCGGGUUUGCAAAGACGCAAGAUGCAUACAACGAAGCUAUCCCGCCGCUAUUUGGCGCGCUGAACUUCGUUGAGCAGCUGGUCGCUCGCAACGGAGGACCAUAUGUGCUUGGAAAGGAGUUGACGGAGCUGGACAUCAGGCUGUAUGCGACGAUCGUCCGGUUCGACGUGGUAUAUGUGCAACACUUCAAGUGCGACUUGGGAUCGAUCAGGGGUAGUUAUCCCAUGCUGAACAAUUGGUUGAAGGGGUUGUACUGGGGUGUGAAAGGUUUCAGAGAGAGCACGGAUUGGAAACAUAUCAAAGAGAAUUACACGAAGAGCCACGCGGAUAUAAAUCCACUGGCAAUCACGCCUUUAGGACCAUAUCCGCACAUAGAGGAAGGAUACGAGAAGGAAUGGACCAAGGUGAAGCCCGGCAGCAUCGAGCAUCCACAAGUGUUAGAGUGGCAGAAGAAGUUCGAGCAGGAGAUCAAACUCUGA